GUAGCGCUUUCGACAUCACGCAAUGGUUCUUGGUUCGUUCUGAUUUUCUGGCCAGGAAGCUAGAAAGCCAGAAACCAGUCAAUAUUUGCCUAAAUUAAGUUCUCUGUGAAAUUCACAAGCCCUAAUUGUCAAAUAUGGGGAAGCGACAGCACCAAAAGGACAAACUCUACCUCACCACGACAGAGUGGUCGACCAUCUACGGUGGGCGACGCACGGCGAGUCGUGAGGGCGAAUCUGCCGAAUUCAAAAGACUGCCCUUCGAUCACUGCGCGCUGUCGCUACAGCCUUUCGAGCACCCGCUAUGCACGCCCGAAGGCGUCAUAUACGACAUUAUGAACAUCGUGCCGUUCAUCAAAAAGUACGGCAUCGAUCCGGCCACCGGAAAGCCCAUCGAAGCCAAGAAACUGGUACGCCUCAACUUCGUCAAGAACUCGGAAGGCAAGUACCACUGUCCGGUCCUCUACAAGGUGUUCACCGAAAACUCGCACAUCGUCGCCAUCAAACCUACGGGCAAUGUCUUCUCGUACGAAGCUGUCGAUCAGCUCAAUCUGCGCGCCAAGAACUUCAAGGACCUGCUGACGGACGAACCGUUCACUCGGCAGGACAUCAUCACCUUGCAAGACCCUGGAAACCUGGAAAAAUUCAACGUCUCCCGCUUUCAUCACCUCAAGCACAACCUCAAGGUUGUGGAUCCCGAAGAGGAGAGGUUGAAGUCCGACCCCAAAUACACACUGAGGGUGGUUAGCUCCGAAACGCGGUCCAUCCUGGACACACUCGACAAAGAGUAUAAACCAGCCGAGAAAACGGAGAAGGUCGUCAAGAAGGCAGACAAAUUCAAUGCCGCCCACUACUCGACCGGAGCGGUGGCGGCCUCUUUCACUUCAACUGUCAUGGAGCCGACCACGCAGCACGAGCCGGCCAUCUUGGCAGACGACGUUGUCCGCUACUCCAUGGUGAAGAAGAAAGGCUACAUCCAGCUGCAGACGACGCACGGUAACCUCAAUCUGGAGCUCUUCUGCGACAUGGUACCCAAGACGUGCGAGAACUUCCUCGGCCUUUGCAAGAAGGGCUACUAUGACGGAACCAAGUUCCACCGGUCCAUACGCCAUUUCAUGGUCCAGGGAGGAGAUCCGACGGGCACGGGAAAGGGCGGGGAGUCCCUUUGGGGAAAACCGUUUCGGGACGAGUUUAAGCCUAACCUCGUGCAUCAGGGCAGGGGGAUGCUCAGUAUGGCCAACGAGGGACCCGACAUGAACAAGUCGCAAUUCUUCAUCACGUACCGUUCCUGCCGGCACCUGGACUCGAAGCACUCCGUCUUUGGGAAGCUUGUCGGAGGACUCGAGGCGCUGAACGCCAUUGAGUCGGUGGAGACGGACAACAAGGACAGGCCGAUCGAGGAUAUCGUUCUGCUGAGGGCAGUGGUCUUCGUCGACCCUUACGAAGAGGUCGACGAGGAACUCCGUAAGAAGAGGGAGGAGGAGAGGACGAAGCAGGAGGUGCACGAGUCGGGGGAAAAGCGGAAGGCCAAGAGGGUGUUGAAGGAGUUCCACAAGGGCGUCGGCAAGUACAUCGAUCCCGAGGAAGCCAAGAAGAGCCAGGAAGUGGUGGCUGAGCUACCCGAAAAGAAGAAGAAGGUUGUGUCGGGAAAGUUUGGAGACUUCUCCGGUUGGUGACGACGGAUUCCGAGGGCUGUUAGUAUCUUUCGAUUCGUUUUCGCAAAACUACAAUUUUUGGAACGCGUCUUUGACUGAUGUUUUUGGCGUCCCGUCCCACCCGUGCAUUGAAAGCGGUCCCGUGGCAACAAAUGGCGUCGCGGAGGCUAGCGCGUCAUGUUGUCAGAUGUAUAUGUGAUCCUGGCGGUUGGUGCCAAGGGUCCUGGCAGAAAGUGUAAGCGAACACGGGUGUUGCAGUCGUCACAGAGUCCCGACACCUGGCUGCCGAAGUUUCCAUGGACUGUUAAACUGUAGUGCGAUUUGCAGCAGAACAGGCGUCUGCUACACCCGCCACCACCACUGCUGUGACACGAACAGGAUCGCAGGCGGAGACAGCGCAACACUCAAGCGACAUCACUGGGCAGACAUAGAGGAUCGGACACGCAUUGCAGGCACCACAUCGCAACGAACGUGUUGUUUGCUUUUCUUUUGGACUUCGAGGAAAGAAGUCCAAAAGCCCUCAAGUACAUUGCGCAUCUAAAUUGUGCAGGACUGCCCCGAUGCGACAGGUGUUCCUCUGAUGUAAUGGGACAAACCCGACAGUUGCUGGGAAACAAAUGUCAUCAAAAAUGAAAAUAUUGGUGAUUACAGAA